AUGAGUCAGCAUACCGAUGAUAAACCUUAUAAAUGUAAUCAUUGUGGUGAAGGCCUUCUUAGACAUCAGCGAAAACAUACUGGAGAUAAACCACAUACUUGUGACGUCUGUGGUAAAACAUUUGGUGUACACAGCGACUUGAAAAAACACUCCAGAAUACAUACAGCUGUCAAUAAACAGUUUAAGUGCAACAUGUGUAGUAGACAAUUCUAUUAUAGCAGUGAUCUUAAAAAACACAUGAGAAUACACACUGGUGAAAAACCAUACACAUGUCAUGUAUGUGACAAAGGCUUUAGUCGAAGUGGUGACUUAACGAAACACGUGCGAACUCAUACAGGUGAAAAACCGUACAAAUGUGAUGUCUGUGAUAAACAAUUCACGGAGAAGUCAAACUUAAUGAGCCAUACCAAACUGCACACAGGAGAAAAGCCUUAUAAAUGUGAAAUUUGUGGUAAAGAUUUUAGUCACAAUUACCAAGUCAAAAAACACAUGAGUACCCAUACCGAUGAUAAACCACAUAAAUGUAACAUAUGUAGUAAAGUUUUUGCUCGAAAUGGUUACUUAAGAAAACACAUGCAAACCCACACUGACCUUAAAUCUUACGCAUGUCACCUGUGUAGUAAAAUAUUCACUAAAAAUGGAAACUUGUUGAAUCACUUGAGAAACCAUACUGAGGAAACCCAUUUUGUAUGUGAAGUAUGUGGGCAAGAGUGUAUCGGAAAUAGAAAGUUUCAACAACACUUGAGAAAUCACAACAAGGAAACCCAUUUUGUAUGUGAGGUAUGUGGGAAAGAGUUUAUCGAAAAUAGAAAGUUUCAACAACACUUGAGAACACAUAUGUAAACACUGCUUAGUUAUGUGAUGUGAGUGAACAAGCUUACCAUCCGGCAUAAUAGCAAAUUAAAAGUACACGAUAAAAGUCAUAACAAUACAUGCAGAUGUUGGACAUCACCCUGAUCACAUUUGAGAAUAUAUACAGUUGAUAACCAUAUCCACAAAUUGGAUGUCUUACUUGGAGAAACAUGAUCACACAAGUACGUGAUAUACACAUCAUAGUUGAGAAUACAUACAGUUAGAUAACAUGUCCACACAUGAGAAUUCACACAAUGGAUAGUCAUCAUACAUGAGAUAAACCGUAUCUUGAAUGAGAAUAAAUACAGGUGAUACACUUGACCACAUAAAUUAUGAUAAAUACACACGUGUAGACAUUAUGCAUGUAGCUGUUUGAUUUCAGUGAGAUCUUAAUUGGAGCAUGGAAAUUACGAGAGAAAUCCGUUUGCGCCUAAAAUGCGCCCUUUUGCGUCACAAAACAGUUGCGCGAUGCCGCGAAUGCUGCUAGUUUUCAACAUGCCUAUAGUAUCAUUUGCGCCAAAAAUAAAGUAUACGAUUGCGCCAAUUUAUUUUAAUGAAAAACAAUGACUUCCCUAUUCCGUCUUAUCCGAUUUUGGACCGGCAUUUCACAUUGAUGAGUGUAAAGUCAUUUAAAGUGGUUUGAUAAAUAUUUUUUUAAAGCAUGCAAACACAAAUACAUUGUGUAAAGACUAAUCGUAUAACAUGUACUUAACAUAUGGUCGAAAGUAACAAAAUAACAGUAAAUAAUACUUUUUAACAGAAGUCCAUUACUAGAGUCUAGUAAUGGACUUCUGUUUUUAAUGAAUGAUAUAAAAUUAAUAAAUAAUUGGCCGACAUGACAAUACAUGACACUGGAAGGUAAUUAAAACAAAACUCAUAAAUAACUGACAAUUUUGGUCGGGUUGUUGUCUCUUUGACACAUUCCCCAUUUCCAUUCUUAAUUCCAUUUAAUACUUGACAUUCAUUUAUACAACAUACAUACAUGUACCAUCAAGCAGGCUGAUAAUAAUUAAUUACUGCUGCAUGCAUUGCAUAUUUACAAAAAAUAAUUAAUGAAGUAAAAUAAAGCAAAAAUACAUAUAUAUAUAUGGUUGCAUAUAAUUUUUGUAUUGCUUUUUGAUUCCCUUCAUUAUUAUGUAUAAACUACAUGCAUUUUUAAAGUGCAAAUUGAGUUCUCCCAAGUAUUAUAAGGAGUAAUAUGUAUGUAACACUCAGAAACAUGUCCAUCCCCGUAAACAUAUUUAUAUAUGUCAGACGUCAACACCAAAAAAGUGUCCUUUUUUUGAAUGCCAAAACGAGGCCGAUCUCCGAAACGAUCCAUAUGGGCUAUUUAAAAAAAAAAUCGUAAGGGUUCCGCGGAACCCAGUGUCUCGCCUACUUUUUCUGUUAAUCACAGGCUCAACAAAAAUGAGGAAGUAAAUCAAAAAAAUAUUCCUCUUGGUACUAUCUUUUGAUUGUAAGAAGCUUCUGUCCAUGUUUGGUAAAAAUCCAGGAUAGUUUAUGAAUCUAAUAAAUGUUUAAAAACUUUAACUGCAGACUCAAUGUAACGUUAACUGGAAGAAAACAAAAUUUCCUUCUAGAUACUAGCAUUUGAACAUAAACAAGCUUCUGUCCAAGUUUGGUACAAAUCCAAAAUAGUAUAAGAACUUUAUUAAAAUUUUAAAAACUUUAACCACAGAGUGAAUGUGUUGUUUCCUGGCAGAAAAUCUAAGUCCAUUUAAAAGUAAAAUACGGAAAAAAUGGAUUUAUUUUUUUACAAAAUUUCCUUCUAGAUACUAGCUUUUGACCAUAAACAAGCUUCUGUCGAAGUUUGGUACAAAUCCAAAAUAGUAUAAGAAAGUUAUUAAAAUUUUAAAAACUUUAACCACAGAGUGAAUGUGUUGUUUCCUGGCAGAAAAUCUAAGUCCAUUUAAAAGUAAAAUAAGGAAAAAAUGGAUUUAUUUUUUUACAAAAUUUACUUCUGGAUACUAUCUUAUGAUCAUAAACAAGCUUCUGUCCAAGUUUGGUACAAACUCAGGAUAGUUUAAGAAAGUUAUUUAAAUUUUAAAAACUUUUAACCACAGAGUGAAAGUAAUAUUUCCCGGCAGAAAACUAAG